AUGUUGGCCUUUCAGGGGGAUGAGGAAAAGCAACAAGGCCUGAAACCUGUUCAGCUGAUGGAUCGCGACCUGAGCCAUCUUCUGCCAGACGAUCAGGUGGGCUUCUACAAAGCCAUCUGCCUGCCCUGCUUCGAAGUUGUAGUUAGAGCUAUUCCUACCCAACAUCCAAUGCUGGAACAGGCCUUGAAGAAUAUGGCCAAAUGGUCUGAACUCGCCGCGUUGUCCCUCGAGGAGAAGAAAGAGGCUGUCUCCGAGAUUCUCCGACACAGACCCUCCGCAGCUAGUCAGAACUCAAGCACCGUUUCCUUGUAA